AUGGCCGCCGCAGAGAAGGCAGCGCUACACGACCAAUAUGACCCGGCCGGUCUGCCGGACUACGAUCGAGAAUUUCUUCAACCGGGCGAGCUGCAAUGUUUCGAGAAUGCACUGAAUGCCCCCGAAGCAUCCCCCGUGGUGGCCAUCAAUGACUGGCGCCCGAUCAACCAGCGGGUGCGCAAGACCCGAGGCCGUCGCAAGAAUCCGCAGCGAAGCAGGGAUGAAACGAGGGAAGGCGUGUUGUAUACGGUGCUGAAGUGGCCGCUCUUGAUCACGGUGUUCGCAUGGAUUGCCGUGCUGAGCUGCGGCUACGUCCUGGUCCGCGUGUACAUCUUUCUGUAUGAGCAGUGGGUGACAUGGCGUGGCAAGAGGCAGCGGCUCAGACGGGCGCUCUGGACGCAGACGGAUUACCCCAGCUGGCUGAGUGCCGCUCAGGCGCUGGACGCCCAUCUUGGCAAUGAGAAGUGGAAGCAGGCUGAUGAAUACGCUUACUAUGAUCACCUCACGAUCAACAAGGUGGUGGAUCAGCUGAAGAGCGUGAGAUACGAAGUCGAGCGGGAAAUGAGUGGUGGGGCCUCGGUCAAUGAUGUGCCGGCGGUCGAAGAGCUUCGGGCUCUGCUGGAGGCCUGCGUGAAGAACAACUUUGCCGGGGUGGAGAAUCCUCGGAUGUACAGCGAGGCCUAUUCCGGGACAAAGGAUCUCGUCCAGGAAUACAUCGACGAGGUACAUACAUGUAUCCAGUUGGUCCUGGAUAGCCGACAGAUCGACAAGGAGGCCAAGUACGAGCACUUCAAGCACCUCGACACCAACUUCGGGCGCACGGCACUUUGUUUGUCGGGCGGAGCAACUUUUGCAUAUUACCAUUUCGGGGUCGUCAAGGCCUUGCUGGAUAAUGGGGUCCUGCCAGAAAUCAUCACUGGCACGUCAGGGGGAGCGCUAGUCGCAGGCCUCGUGGCGACCCGAACCGAUGAAGAGCUAAAGCAACUGUUAGUUCCGGCUCUAGCACACCGAAUUCGGGCAUGUCAUGAAGGCUUCACAACGUGGAUUCGCCGUUGGUGGAGAACCGGCGCUCGGUUCGACACGCUAGACUGGGCGCGGCAGUGUAGCUGGUUCUGCCGGGGAUCGACGACAUUUCGGGAAGCCUAUGAACGGACUGGUCGCAUCUUGAAUGUGUCUUGCGUACCCUCAGACCCUCACUCACCCACGAUCCUAGCAAACUAUCUGACUUGCCCGGAUUGCGUUAUUUGGAGUGCUGUAUUGGCUUCAGCUGCUGUGCCCGGCAUUCUGAAUCCGGUCGUUCUGCUGACCAAAAAGCGCGACGGCACACUAGCGCCGUACUCGUUUGGACACAAGUGGAAGGACGGCAGUCUGCGGACGGACAUUCCCAUUAAAGCGUUAAAUCUGCAUUUCAACGUCAAUUUUACAAUCGUGUCUCAGGUCAACCCCCACAUCAACUUAUUCUUCUUCAGUUCCCGAGGAACCGUGGGGCGGCCGGUCACGCACCGCAAGGGCCGUGGCUGGCGCGGCGGAUUCCUCGGUACUGCGAUCGAACAAUAUAUCAAACUCGACCUGAACAAAUGGCUCCGCGUCUUACGGCACUUGGAGCUUCUUCCCCGGCCAUUGGGUCAAGACUGGAGUGAGAUCUGGCUACAGAAAUUCAGUGGCACGGUCACGAUCUGGCCAAAGAGCGUCCCGUCUGAUUUCUACCACAUUCUCUCGGAUCCAACACCGGAGCGGCUGGCGCGCAUGAUCCACGUUGGUCAGCAAAGCACCUUUCCCAAAAUCCAGUUUAUCAAGAAUCGCCUCAAUAUAGAAAGAGCUAUCAUGAGGGGCCUCCAGCAAUGUUCCACGACGGGGGGUCGCUCUCUCUCCCCGAUCCUAUCUCGUCGGCUCCAAAAUUCACAGCUCGAGCCUUCAGACGCGCUUUCCCAGAGAUUGGACGCCAGUUUCCCCGAACGACACGACAAGGACGACUCGCGUUACGGGGAGUCCGAUAGCAUGUCCCAGUCCACCACGUCCUCCCGCCCUCAGACCCCGAAUUCCCGGCGGGGCAGCCUGAUGGAGGAAGUGCGACGCCAGUCUGCAGUUUUCUUUGACGAUGCGGACCUGUACGGUGACGAUUACUCCGUUGUUACCUGA